AUGCAGCAGCAGCAGCCAGAACACACCGAAAACUCCAGCCGUGCAUCUCGCUUGCCUGUCAACCCGCGACGGCACAAGGUAGCGCCAGAGCAGCGGAAGCGUGUAGCAACAGCGUGCAACAGCUGCAAUGUCCGGCGCAUCAAAUGUUCCGGUGAGAGACCUUGCCGCCAAUGCCGCAGCUCAUCAAGAGAAUGCCAGUAUCCCACUAUCAUCGAGAAAGUUUCCGUCGCUCGGAACGAGCUAGAUGAUCUGAGGAGGAAGCUUGAGAUUGCAGAACGGGCUCUGCAGAUUGCCGUACCCGACGACGUCGCAAGACAAUUACUGCUACAACACGAUGUCGACCUAAAAGGGUCUCGUGCCGGGUCAGCUCCGUCUAUCACACCCCCAGAGCCGCAUGAUUCUUACGGGGAAGCGAGUAAUGAGAUUGUUGCCGAGACAGCCAACGGACGCACACUGCUCGAUCAGGAUGGAAGACUCCGUUUUCUUGGCGAGACCUCUGGUGCAACAUUCCUUGAUUAUCUCAAGGAGUUCAUGUCCACCGUGCUGCCACUUGCAUUCAACCCGCAGUGGUUGUCACCUACGCCAACCAGCGGUUUAACAUUUCUUUCUUCCCUUGGAAGUUAUCAGACAUAUGACUCUCGUCCCAUAGAAAUCGAGUCGAGCGUGGACCCUCUCUCACUACCUUCCCCGGACGAAAUGAGAACUAUGCUCCGCAACCUUGGCUACUUCAUCCAAGACGGCAACGGCAGCUUCCCAUGCGGCGGCAUCUAUUGGUGGGGCGAUCUCAGCAUGAGCAAAACGCCCACCGCGAAUCCCGAGGUGUUUCCGCCCGGGACCUCUCAACAAGCUCAACAGGUCGUCUCCGACACUAAUCGUCACCUUGCAUUUUACCAUAUCGCCUUUGCCGUCGCAUGUCAGGCGAAUACCACGGCGAAUUCGAUGCCAGUCCCAAAAGAUUUGAGCCAAAGUUACUUCGCCCGCGCUCGCCUGCUUCUAGGCAACCCUCUUGAUAUUACACGGUAUACCAUCAGUGACGUUGCCGUCCUAGCACUGAUGGGCUUCUACCUCAUCGAGAUGAACCGCCGCGAUGCAGCCUACGUCUACGUCAGCAAUGCUAUGCAUAUAUCCAUUAUGCACGGCGCUCACCGUGGCUGGGUCAACGAGCAAGGCAAACGUGUUUUCUGGACUCUUUAUAUCCUCGAUCGUUGGUUGAGUUGUCUCAUGGGCCGUCCACCCAUUAUCAUGGACGAUGCUAUCCGGCUACCACUGCCUUGCGAUGAUCUUUCAGGGUCUUUGCCCCCUGCAGCCGGCCUCCGAGCCCACGUUGAGCUGGCCCGCAUUUCGGGCCACAUUGUCUGCAACACGUAUAGAGUCGCCCCCUGGGAUCACGGUCCCGGAGGUGCGGCGCGGCAUAUCAACCGAGCGCUGCAGUUGCUCGGGAGCUGGCAGUCAUCACUACCGCCUACCCUGCAAAUGUCUAUAUCCCAUCCAAGUAACGAUCCCUCGUGCUGUCUCCUGCAUAUGGCAUACAACCAGCUUCUGAUCCUUGUCGUCCGCCCCAUCUUCUUCGCUGCUGUCAAAAAGACGUUUGCCGAGCGCUACAUCACCUCAGAGCGCCGUUGGGAAUUCUCGCACCACGCAGACCGCAUAAGCUCCUGCUCCAAGGCGGCGCAUGGAAACUUGUACCUCGCCCGUUGGAUGAUGAGUCUCAACGGUGGCACUCGCAAGUUCUUGCAAGCGGGGUUGCACUACGUAUUCAACGCCGCUAUCAUUCUUAUGCUGGAAGAACUUCUCGUCUUCUCGCCGGCCGCGGAGCCCGACGACGUCAACGUUAACUUUGCCGUCAGCAUUUUCGAAGAAGAGGCCAAAACGGAAAGCAAUUACGCUCGCGAUUGCGCCACCGUUCUAAGAGACCUCAAGUCUAUAGUUCAGCGUCUGCGACUGGACAGUCAAGCUGUCUAUACCGCCCGCACUGGUGGUGUCAGCGGAGGCCCUUCAACCCCUGGCUUAACGCCGGACGACGUGACGAACGCUAGCAGCAGCAUCAACACGCCGUCCACCACAUAUUCUCAACAACCUCAGCAUCAAACCUUCCCGCCCGGGCCAAGUCAGGUGUUGUAUCCCAUGACGACGGAGAGUGGCGCGAUAUAUGAAGAACUCAUGGCGUGGGUUGAACACAACGACGCACAAUUGUACAGUAAUAACUAUUCUAUAUAA